AUGUCUAACGUGAAACCUAAAGCCGCCGCUACCAAGGAAGCCAAGCCCGACACCACCAUCGCCAACCCCGCCGUGGUGGAAAAGUACAAGAUGGCCGGCGACAUCUCGUCGCGGGUGCUUUCCGCCGUGUUGGCCCAAGUCGCCGCGGGCAAGACCACCUACGAGCUCUCCGUCGCCGGGGACGAGUUGAUGGAAGAGGAAUUGGGCAAGGUCUACAACCUGAAAAAGACGAAGAAGACCCCCAAGGGCAUCGCCUUCCCCACCUGUGUCAACCCUAAUCACAUCCCCGCCCACUUGGCCCCCCUCAACGCCGAUGAGCCCUCUAAUAUCACCCUCGCCGACGGCGACGUCGUCAACGUGAUGUUGGGGGUGCAAAUUGACGGCAACCCCGCCGUCGUCGCCGGCACCGUCGUCGUCGGCGCCCUGGAGUCGCUGCCCGUUACUGGCGCCAAGGCCGACUUGUUGCAGCUGGCGUGGACGGCGCUGGAGGCGGCCAUCCGCACCUUGCGUCCCGGUAAGCGCAACUGGGACGUCACCAACAUCGUCGACAAGGUCGCCAAGGCCUACGGCACCUCCCCCGUCGAGCUGAUGUUGUCGCACAACCAAGAGCAAAACGUGCUCUACGGGCCCAAGGAGAUCAUCUUGAACCCCACCCCUCAAAACAAAAAGGAAAUGCUGACCCACCGGUUCGAAGAAAACGAAGUGUACGGGCUCGACAUCUUGAUCUCGACCUCGGACAACGGUAAGGUUAAAAACCACCCCACUUACCGUACCACGCUUUACAAGUUGACCGGUGGCCUGUACGCGCUUAAGAUGAAGCUCUCCCACCGUACUUUGACUGAGUUCAGAGAAAAGGCCAACAACCAGUUGUUUCCGAUGAACAUCCGUAAGUUGGACGACCCCGCCAGAGCUCGUGGUGGUUUGCUGGAGCUGGCCAACCACCAGGUGGUGCUCCCUUACGACAUCUACACCGAGAAGGAAGGCGAGUACAUCGCCCAGUUCUUCACCACCGUCGCCAUCACCAAGAACGGGUUGGUGUUGUUGUCGCACCCCGAGUUCAACGCCGACUUGUACAAGUCGGACAAGAAGGUCGACGACGAGCAAGUGUUGCAGACUUUGGCCGAGCCGUUGAAGCCCGCUAAGGAAAAGGACACUAAGGCCUAG